AUGAUCAUCAUUAAGAAUGUUGGUUCUAGUGAAACACAACCUCCACGCACAAAGCGGUGGCUCCAUGGCCCUCGUUGGCUCUUUCUCUUGAUCAUCUCAGUCCUCAUCUAUGGUUCUCACGCCCCUCUCAUCGCUCUCACUAAAUCAGACGGUCAUGUUCCCUUCAGCCCUUCAUCCUGCGUUGUUCUGAUCGAACUUAGCAAGCUGCUGAUCUCCUUCAGUGCUCUGUUUGCUUCAGGGGACAUCCACACCAUCAAAGUUUCUGUAUCCUGGGUGGCAGCGGUGCCGUACGCUCUCCCUGCUCUGCUUUACGCGUUCAACAACAACCUGGUGGUGUUCAUGCAGGCCUACAUGGACCCCAGUUCUUUUCAGGUUCUUAGCAACUUGAAGAUCGCUUCCACCGCUCUGCUCUACACUUCCUGCCUGAAGAAGAGGCUGCGUCGGGCUCAGUGGAUGGCUCUGGCGUUACUCAUGGUGGCCGGGGCACUUCACAGCUACUCCAGCCUGGAUUGGGAGAUCCCGGAUCAGGGAGGGGAGAACGCAAGAGCCAGGCUUCAUGUCACAGCCUGGGGACUGCUGCUCGUCCUUCUUUACUGCUUCGUAUCCGGACUCGCUGCAGUCUACACCGAGAAAGUUUUAAAAAGCCAGCGUCUGCCUCUAAGUCUGCAGAAUCUCUUUCUCUAUAUAUUCGGCGUAGGGAUCAACCUGACAUCGCAUCUCUACAGCAGUGGAACAGAGCAGGCAUUUCUACACGGUUAUUCCACACUGGUGUGGGUCAUCGUAGCAGGACAGGCAGCUAACGGCCUGCUGAUGUCUGUAGUAAUGAAACACGGAACUGGAAUCGCGCGACUCUUCAUCAUCUCCUCAGCCAUGCUGGUGAACAGCGUGCUCUCCUGGUGGCUACUGGGAUUGCAGCUCACGCCUUUCUUUCUCCUGCCUGUGCUGCUGAUCGCAGUGGCUGUGUACCUCUAUUACAGGUAAAUGUGAAGAAGUAGAGCUGCACACUUAGCCGAAGGUUAUUCAGGAUUUCAAUAUCUGAGGCUUGGUAAAUACAUUAAACACAGCUAACUCAAGGGUUUAUGUGAUCUGCUAAUGACAUACAUUGAUUUUUGUUUUAAACGUUGCCACGUUGAACCAUAAGCACCCUAGAUUUUAGUUUAUUAUUAGUUUUAUACACAAGUUAAUGCAAAUUACACACACACACAUAUAUGCAUACAUACAGAGAGAGAGAGAGAGAGAGAGAGCAUUCAAAACAAUGAGUUUUACUGUAAGUCCCAUGUUUAUGCAUCAAAGAAGUCAGUUUAAUGACAAUAUUUAGUAUUAAAAUAAAACUCCCACAGAAACAGUAGACCCCUUAUUGGACAUUUUGAAGGAAAUAUUAUAUCACAAUACUUUAAAACAGUUCUAUAGUACACAGCUUUGUACAUGAUAUCUGUUCGCUAACAAACUAGCAUCAAAACAACAGAAUUUUGGUUCGGUGAACCUUUUAUUUAGUGAACACCGAAAAGGAAGAAAACUAAAGCGGUGGGUGGAGCAAAGCAUUUAAUCAUUUUAAAUAUUUAAUAUUAAAUGAUGGGGGAAAAAAUCAGCUGUAAUUCCAUCUAAAAAAGUUUUUAAAAAGACAUGAACAGUGCAUUCGGAUAAAAAGUGUCGCAGUCGAGUCGAAUAAAAUAAAUACAAAUAAAUUAAAUAAAAAUAAAGAGAUUUUAAUAUAAAAUGAUUACUUUGUGGAUUGUUGUUCUACAUCUACCAGUGAGUAUAACUAAAACCACACCUGAAUUUCUGUUCUAUCUCAGUGAAUCGCAAGAGUUUCUUGAAUAACAUGAAUGCUUUAAAAAGUAUAGGAGACAAAAGGUCGUUUCUUUCACUCGUUUGAUUUUUUUCCUGAAUUACAAUAAUGAUGGAUAAUAGUCAGUACUGAGGAAAAUAAUCCUAAUCAUUUCAACCUUCACUGUGCAGCCCUUUAUUAUUAUAAAUGUUACUUUAUCUAUUAGUCUGUUCAUAUAUAUAUUUAAAUAUAGGUUUUGGCUGGAUUAGGUGUGUGCUGUGUGUUGAAACAUAUUCAUCUCUUUUAUGUUGAGUGCCAUGUUUUGAGUUUUGUUUUCUUUAAAUUAUGCUAAACAAUGCAAAAGUUAAUGUAGCACAGAGUCUGAAAGUAUUUAUGGAUGAAAUUAUGGAAAUAAACAUAUGUCAUGGCUUG